UCGUCAUAGGGACGACCGUCACGAUGAACGACAUGAUCGUAGUCCAAGUCAGUCAAGAUCAAGAUCGUCUAAUAGGUCUCGAUCCCCCAGAGAAAGAAGCACUUCUGAUAGACAUUAUAGUAGGGAAGCAGAUGAUAUAAAUCCUGGAAAUAAUUUGUUCGUUACAGGGUUAUCCACUAGAACAGGAGAUCGAGAAUUAGAAGAGCUAUUUGCAAAAUAUGGCAAGGUUGUAAAAGCCCAAAUUAUGUAUGAUCCUCACACUCGAGAGUCUCGUGGUUUUGGAUUUGUAACGAUGGAAACCACCGAAGAAGCUGAUGCAGCAAGGCAAGGUAUCCAUGGUUCAGAUAUUAAUGGCCGCUCUAUAACUGUAGAAAAGGCCCGUCGCUCUAGAGCCAGAACCCCAACUCCUGGUCGUUAUUACGGACCACCCAAACGUCGUGAACCUCGUCGAGUUGACAGAUUUGAUCCUAGAUAUGAGUAUAGUAGACCCUAUGAUCGCUACGAUAGACCACCAAGAGGUUAUGGGCGUGAACCAUAUUAUGAUCGUGCAUAUGAUAGACCAUAUUACGAUAGGGGAUAUGAAAGGGGUUACGACCGCGCAUACGACAGAGCAUAUGAUCGAACUUACGAUAGAGAUCGUCGACCACCUCCACCGACCCGUUAUGAACCCUACCCGCGGCCUCGUUCACCUUACUAA